AUGAAGUUUUCGACGUUACUGUCGGGAUUGAUUGCGCUGCGAGCUAUCCCUGGAUCAGCAUUUGACAAUUCGUGUUUUGAGUUACCAAUUGUCAUUGUGUCCCCAACCAGCAUAAAAUUGCCAACAGAAACAUGUAAUCAACCUCGGUUUCCUGCUCGUGAUUGUAUGAAAGACGCUGUGCCAGCUAAUAUUGAAGUGAUCGACAAUGCGGAUGGUAUUCUAAAUUGUUUAGACGGAAAUCGAACGGCAAUAUAUACUGCAAACGCUCACUACCGAGGACAAUCUAGUCUUCAUUUCUCGAAACACCAAAUUGGGAUCGAGCUAGAUGAAGACAAUGAACUGCUUGGGUUUCCGGCAGAUCGAACUUUCGUGUUAAACGGUCCAACGGUUGAUGCGAGCUUGAUACGCAACCACCUCGCUCACUGGAUGUUCCGCGCCACAAAGCGAUACUCUCCGCGGACUCGUCACAUUGUGGUCUUUGUUCGUGACAGAUUAGGAGAUGACGACUGGAGACCACGAUAUCGGGGUAUCUAUUUGGCUUUGGAAAAGAUCGCGUAUACCCCAAACCGAGUUGGAUUGACUCAACUAAAUGGUGCUUGUCAGUCUACUGAGGAACUAUCUGGAGGUUGGGCCUGGCAAAACAAUCCGCUUGGUUACGGUGAUUACUCGCCUAAUCUUGUGACAAAUGAAGCUACGGGACUCUUUGGUGCCGGUGCGAGGCCAAUUUUGACUUUUCCAGAGCCAAGGACGAUCACACAGUCUAUGCGUGAUUAUUUUGUGUCGCCCGAGACUGGACCGCUCCCUCGACUGUACCAAUACCUUUACGACAACAUGACUCAACCGGAUGGCCUCGAGAAGCAUAUUGAUAUCGGCUCAUUCGUUGAUUACUUUCUACAUUCCGAACUGUCCAUGAAUUCGGAUGCUUACCGUCGCAGUACGUACUUUUUUAAAGACCGUGGACAGCCUAUCAAUGCUGGACCCGUUUGGGAUUUCAAUUUGGCUUAUGGACUUGGUGGCUAUAAAACGACGUGGAUGUAUACGAUUCACACUUUCUGGAAGCGUUUGACAUGCAAUUACAAAUUCGCAUCUCUUGUUCAGCAGCGCUGGGUACAGCUACGCUCGACAACUUGGAGCAACGAGUCGAUCACAUCAUUUAUCCAAACAAGCGGCGAGCCACUUCGACGCCAGCUGAUGAAAUGUCACGAUUGGAAGAGCGACAAUUUGCAGUGCGCGAAUGUCGAGGCAAAAACCACGGGAAGCUUUGAUGACGAAAUAAACGGUGUAGUCAAUGCAGUAUUGGAACGUGCUCACUGGAUGGACUCGAAUGUAUUUGGCUUCUACCAGGCUUUGAAUAGUACAGUUUGUGUCGCUGCCGGUGAAAUUCCUGCUUACAACUGCGCAGCAGACGGUAGUGACAAGGGCUGUCUAGCAACUCCCAGCGUCUACAGCAACGCUGUCGCGUUUCCAGAGCCCCGCAAGCCUAUGACCGCAAAAGCUUGCGAUAUGUCAAAGGUGUCUAACAGUACUAUUGACAAACCAUCGAUUGAUCCGUGCUGGUUGUCAGCUGGUGUAUACAUGUCGGAUGGUUCUAUCACGCCAUUUUGCUCAGGCUACGGAUUUUGCCCUGAGGGACCGGGUGCGACUUGUACGUGCAAGAUCGGACACCAUCCCCCCACUUGCGCUCGCAUUGACGAUCCAAUUAUUCCUCAUGGAGGUUUCGUCAGGGAUGGUGAGGCUACACAGUAUUUGUCGUUAAGCAAGAAUCUCUCUCGCGGCAACGUUUACAACUUCUGGCUUAUCCUCUGUGCACUAUCAGCGGUUGCGGUAGGCAUCGGUCUGGCAGCUCAUCAACGACGUCGUGAGCGUAAAGGUCUCUUGAAUCAUUUUGACAAUAAAGUCUCAUUGCGUUACGGCACGUCGUAA